GUGUGUGUGUUGUGGAGGAAUAUAACCUCCUUGUUUUAACCUCUUAUGUUUGUUAUUGUUACACAGUCUCCAAGUUAAGGAUAUAUUAAACAAUUAUAUGAAGAACAAUUGUUAACGAUAAAAUAAGAACAAGUAGUACGGAAUAACUUGUAACUAUUGCAUAUUGAUACUAUGGCUAAGGGUCAGCGCUCAAAACGUCUAAAGUCAGAAAAGGCAAAAGUAAAAUUAAAAUCCAAGACCAAACACCUACCAAAAGGUUUAAACGUUACAGAUACGUCGUUUAAAUCGAAGAAAAUUUUAAUACGCGGACAAUUACAGCAACGAGAUGAAACGGAAAUUCUUAGUGCUCGUAAACUCAACAUCAAUGAUCUUUUGAAACGUCUUAAGCAUCAUAAUUCAGGAGAGAGAGAAAAAGCUUUGAAGCAAUUAAAAGAAAUUUUGUUACAAUAUUCUCCAAAAACUUUGCAUUCGCAACUUAGUGUUUUGUUACAUGGAGUUGUAGCUUUGUCUCUUGACAAAGAGAAAGGUAUACGAAGAGAUUCAUUAAGUGCGUUAAAUUCAAUUCUCAGUCCUAUUUCAAAAGAACAAUUAACACCUUUUCACGACAUUUUGAUCUCUUAUUUGAGAUGUGCCAUGACAGAUAUUGACCCUCAUGUAAAAGAAGAUUCUCUUCUUUUCUUGGAUGUGCUCGCACAAAAUUGUGGAAGUAUGUUAGUAAAAAAUAGUCAUAAAAUAUUGCCAAAUUUUUUGGGCUUGAUAUGUACAUUACACAAUGAAGUUAGACACGGGAGACAAUUAAAAACCACACUGAACUCGAACAAUACCAGUGUAAAAUGGAGAAUCAAAGUCUUACAACGUUUGGCUAAUAUAUUUAUCUCUAUUGUAAAUUAUAAAAAGCUUCAUUCAAGCUCACGUUCAAAUGCAACUACAGAACAAACAAAGUACAGCAAAUAUGUUCCCAUCUAUAGCAGACAGAUUCGAUAUGCUGAAACUAAUAUUGAAAAAGAUUUAAAUUCAAUAUCAAGCAAUACAGAAGCAUUACCUAUGGAAGAAUUUGAAGCACACAUAAAAUUGUUAAUGCCACUGAUGUUCGACAUUUGGCUCGAGGUCUGUCCCGAGGAAAAGAUUGAAGAUUACACGGAGAUUAAGAUUACCAGCGAGGCAGCUUCGUUGCUUAAAAAUAUUGUUGAAAUUAUACAGUCUGUUAUCGAGUAUAUCGAUACAUCGAGUGAUGAUUACAACACUGCGCGCAUGAAGCAUUGGUUUAAAGAUACGUUUCAUAAAGUAUAUAUGAAGAAUUUUCUGUCGAGAUUUCCAUAUGGUAAAGUGAAGCAGCUUAACGAAAUCAGAAAACGUCAAGACGAUUUUUCUCAAUUAAACUGUGCUGAGGAAUGCGUAGAGCAGAAUUUAGGACUUUGUCAAAUACAUGUUUGGUUUACGUCUGUGGUUGGUCAGAAAAAGCAAUUUCCUAAAUCUACCAAGAACUAUUGCAUAUCCAUUCUGAAAUAUUUAAAUGAUAUUAUCGAACAUAUCGAUUCUUCUGUGGUGCCACAACUAAGCAAACUUCUUAGGACUUUGUUUUUAAAAGCUAGCCCGAUUUGGUACGCGAACUCUGUUAGUUUAAAUGACACUCUACGACUGAUAAUAAAAGUAUCAUCUCAUCUACCUAGAAAAGAAUUGCAAUCACAUUUGUUUCUUAUUGUCGGUGAUAUUUUGUUGGAGUGCAAUUUGUACGAAUUACACAAAGAAAAGGCACUCAAAAAUUUUGUUGCAACCUUACCAAGCUUACUCUUGGGACCAAGCGUAGAUGAUGUUGCAAUUCGAAUGAUAAGUCAAAUAAUUUUACGCUUUAAGCAUUGGGUUCGGAAAAAAUUGGCAGAAAACCACGAGGCUAUUAUUGAAAAUGCCAAGAAAAUCGAGAUAAUAGGGUCACAUGAUGAUAAACAAUCCAGACUCAUGAUCUGUAACUUAUUUUAUUGCAUAGACUCACAAAUUUACUAUUAAAUAAUAAGUUAUACAUUAGAGUCAAA